AUGGUCAGUAGACGUCGACCGAUUCACGCAACAAAUCUAAAUUUCCGGCCGAAUUUGAACAACAUCAGCAGCGACCCCAAAGGCACGAAGCCCACAAGUGAGCCAACUUCGGUGAAAGAGAUUCUCAUUUUAAUGGUGUUGCACGUCUGUAAAAAAUCGUUAUUUUUCGAUACUAACUUAAAAGUGGGAAUUUAUUUAGCAUGCCUUUUCGUCAUAUCUCUAAUAGCCGAUGUGUUAAUGAUACCGAAGACGUACCUGUCGAGAUCCGAUAACGUUUUUAACAAGGUGUUCGUCAAAUUUGCAUGGGGUUGGAACUUAACAUUGCUGCUACCGUUUGUCAUUUUGACGUCUUUGAUCUAUUGCUGUGGAAAUAAGCAGAAAAUAUUGAAACACCACAUGCCUAGGAUAGCUAUAGCGACGUUCUUUUGGUGGUUCUGGACUUCCCUGUUCAAUUUCAUCGAAGCAUCGAUGGGAAGAUGCGCGAACGUAAACUUCACCACGAAGAGUUUAUGUCUUCGAGAAGGCCACGUGUGGAACGGCUUCGAUCUCUCGGGACACUCGUUUAUAUUAAUUUAUGGCAGCUUAUUCCUCAUAGAAGAAACUCGAUGCAUUGUUAAUUGGGACAGCAUAAAGGAGUACAUCAGGUUGGAAGAGCACCAAAGGCAAAUUAACGAGGAGGUGCCGAAGCCAAAUCCACUCAAGAAUCUAACAAAUCAAGAACUCAAACAGAUUAAACAACAUUACGAGAAGUUUACACCUUAUAUAAGAUUAAUAUUCAUUUUAAUUGCUAUUAUUCAAGUGCUAUGGGAUGUUAUGUUGUUUUCGACUAUGUUGUAUUAUCACAUUAUGGUGGAGAAGUUUCUAGGAGGGGCACUGGCUAUUUUAACUUGGUUUUUUACGUAUCGUGUUUGGUACGCACAACCGUCUCUCCUGCCGAAGCUUCCUGGUGAAGGAAGCUUUAAAUACAUUAAAAGCACGAAAAUUACUCAGCCCUCUCCUACGGUUCGUAGCAGAAGAAAAGACAGCUUAACGGAUAUGGGUCCGUUAUUUAUGGGUAGACCAAUUUACGCCAGCGUCAAACCGGAGGAAGUUCCUUCUUCAUCAAGAUAG